CAUCGAUAAAGAAGCAAAAAGUUUGCAUCAAACAGCCGCAAGAAUUACCCUUUAAAACGCCACUGGUUUCUUCCAGAUAGCUUAGUUCAACACCAACCCUUCCAGACAUCACAAUGCAUCGCACUGUUGUUACACUGCUGUUGCUACUUGCUACUUGCCAGCUUAUAAAAGGCCAGCGAAGAAUUUCCCAGAUAAAAUGCGAAGAGUAUCGCAGUCGGAUGAAAAUAAGAACAUAUGCUAUCCCGCUUGUCCUGGACCCAACACCGAUCGAGUAUGAAGCAUUCAACUGUAGCCGCACGGUCGACCUGAUUGUCGGUGGUGAGAACGCCAAGGAACGAGAGUUCCCACAUCAGGCUCUGCUCGGAUGGAGCACGCAAGAUCCUGACAAAUACGAUUUCCGCUGUGGUGCUUCUUUGAUCAGCGAGCAAUACGUGCUGACUGCAGCACAUUGUACGGUGCGCGAUAAUCAACCACCGGUCGUGGUACGCAUGGCUGAAUUGAACCUGGCCGAUGAGUACGACAAUCAAGUCGAUUUCGAUAUCGCAAGUAUCACCCGCCAUAGAAACUACUCGUUUGUUAAGUCCUAUCAUGAUAUUGCCUUGAUCAAGCUGAAGCAAAAGGUUAUCUUCUCGGACUACAUCCGCCCGGCAUGCAUGUGGGAUUCGACCCAAUUGAAUGCAACGUCGGUCAUUGCAACGGGUUUUGGACACACAAUGUUUGCAGGUGGCACGAUGUCCAACACGCUCCGCAAGGUAACGCUGGAGGAGCUGGAUCGACACACAUGUCAGGCAGUGUACCGUAAUAAUCGGAAGUUUCGCCAAGGAGUCAUUGAACACCAGCUGUGCUUUGGAAGCAAGGAAGGCGGACGGGAUACCUGCCAGGGUGACUCCGGAGGACCGAUACAGGUGCUUACACAUAUGGCGGAUUGUACCUUCUACGUUGUGGGAAUUACAUCAACCGGAGUAAUGUGUGGUGAAGAGAACACUCCAGCAAUCUACACCCGAGUUGCUAGCUACAUCGAUUGGAUCGAAAGCAUCGUGUGGCCAUGACGGGUUUUUAGAUGGCAUUCCAGCGAACAAGUAAAGAAUGUGGUAUUGAAUGGCACUUAUAAACAAACAGUGACGGUAAACAUUGGACACGAUACGACAUAAACUGCUAAUUACGCGAUGAGUUUCAUUUCAUUAAUCGAAAGUAAUUAACGAUUAGAUCUGUGCUACACAUUCUUGACAGCUUGACACAAAGAAUACUGUAAAAUGACACACCAUCAAAAUUAUAUGAAAACCAAUCUGCUCCUAAUUGAGAACCCAGUGUAAUGGCAGUGAUCCUGAUUGAUGUCUUUCCUUGAACCUUAUUUCUUCCGCUGAGUAUCAGUCAGUUCACUCUUCGCUGUAUCCACAAUUCACCACCGUCCUCAUAUCACACUGCUGGUAAUAAUAGCACUAA